AUGAGCUCGGAGACGCUGGGCGCGAAGCUCUCCAUCGCAGAGAGCGACAAGUCGGCGCUGGAGAAGGAGAAGGCGGUGCUGGAGGCGCAAGUGUCGCAGUUGCAGCUGCAGAUCGCGGCGCGGCAGGCCGAGGUGGAGGAGAUCAAGGCGAAGGCUGACGAGGCGAGAGCCACCGGCGUCGCGGACCCCAUGGGCUUCCAGGCCGGCGUCCAGGCCCUGGAGUCGGCCAACGUGGAGGAGCUCGGGGCCAAGUGGAAGGAGCAAGGGCAGAAGGCAGUGGACGAGGCGCAGGCUCGCGCCGCCGCCGUGACGCAGCAAACCACCGAGGAGCUGGACCGCCUGCUGGCGCGUUUUGCGGAGCUGGCGCAGCAGUUCCAGGACUCCGAGGCCUUCCAGUCGGCCUCCGGGCGCCUGCAGAGCGCCGCCGGGUCCGUGGCCCAGGCCACGGCCGCGGCCGAGCAGCUGCAGCAGGCGUCCGCCAGCGCGGACUGGCGCUCUGCGGUGCAGCAGGGCAUGGCCUCUGCAUCAGACGCAGCUUCCCAGGCCGCAACGCAGGCAGCAGCGGCAGCGGAGCAGGUUUCGGCGCCCAUCCCGGUGGGGCGCCUGGCGGGGCGCUUCAAGCUGCAGCUGUGGCGCGCCAGCGCGGAGCACCGGCUGCAGCUGGCGCUGGGCGCUAGCACCCAAGGUGAUGUAGUGGUGAUGAGCGACUUCAACCACCUGGGCAUCUACAAAGGUGAUCAGGUGCUCCUGGUGAACGACGUGGCGGUCAAGGACCUGCAGCAUUUCGCGGAGCUCUUGGAGCAAUGCGACCAGGAGGUAGAGAUCCACUUCUACCACAAGGAGUUCGGGGGGCAGACCGGGGAGGAGGACGUCUUCGACACGUGCUGCUCUCCCAUCUGCACACCUCAGCUGAUGCCGAUGUGGUGCGAUUUCUUCUUCAAUCCUCCAGAGCCCAGGUGCCGCGCCAGUCGCUGGCCGCUGCGGGAGGUGCUGGCGGCCUCCAAGGCCUCGGUGCUGCCCAGUGGCCUGCUUCAGCUGCGGCUGCACCGGGGUUCCCUGAAGCAGAGUUUUGGACUUCCGCUGGGCUUCUUGCCAAAAGAUUGCGAAGCCUCGGAUGUCUCGAACAUCGCCUCUGAGGACGGCCUGCUGAAGCCUCCCCGGCCCGCGCUCUGCGUGGUGGAGUCCUUUAGCUCCGAGACGGAGGCAGAGUCCCCCUGGCGCGACUCGUGGCUCCGGCAGGCGGAGGAGCAGAUCGAGGUGGAAGCCAGCCCGGCGGGCAGCCGGGGCACGCUGGUGGUGCUCCAGCCGCUGCCCUUGCUGGGCCUUCGCCAGGGCGACGAGUUAGUAAGGAUCAACGGCGAGGAGAUCACGGACCUCGCGGGCUGGAAGGCGGCCACCAAGCACGCCAUGCAGACGAUCUGGGACUUCCGGCGCCCCAGCGAGGUGCCGGCGCUGGAGACGGCCCGGGGCCCCUGGCGGCUCCUUGUCUACUUCGAGUUGUCCGUGGAGAAGGUCGGGGAAGGCGGCCUGCUGGGCCUGGCCCUGCAGAACGCCGACGACGACUACGCCCCCGGCGAGGACAUGGGCACUUUCGCGCUGAUGCACUCGGGGAUUUGCCGUCACAAUGGCAAGGAUGACGGCAAGAGUGCCGCCUGGAAGGACGGCGUGGUGCUGUGCGUGGCCGUGGACUGCGACGCCGGCACCGUGCAGAUCGCCACGUUGGACAAGCCCGCCUUCGAGACGGUCUUGCAGCUCGCGGACGAGGAGAAGCCGGCGGAGGUGGGCCUGCCGCUGGUGGCACUUCUGUCGCCGGGGGACAAGGGGGCGAUGACUGUGAACGUGGGGCAGCAGCCCUUCAAGCUCCAACCCCCGGCAAAGGAGUACAAGCCGAUCGCGGAGUUGAUGGAGCUGCGCAAGCAGUGGCGCGUGACGUUGCCUGACAAUGUGGAGACGUGGCCAGUCUACGUGAAGCCGUCGCGGCAGGCGGAGGGCGCGGAGUCCCUGCAGGCGCAGUGGGGCUUCGAGGAGCUGGCGCUGGCGGAGGAGAACGGGGUGAAGUGGGUCCGCCACAACGGCGGCUGGUCCCCGGUCUCUCUGGAAGCGCUGGGACGUCUUUGCACAGGCCUCACGCCGCUGCCAUCCACCAUCGACGCCCUGGAGAAGCGUGGAGAUGCCAACGGUUUCAAGUUCUUCCGCCUGGUGGUGACCAAAGUCCGCGGCGGCGACACGGUGAACGGCGUGGCACUGGGGCAGCUGCUGCUCCGCAAGGAGGGCGUGGAGCUGGACCUCGCAGAGGCCACGGCGGAGAACCCGGACGGCCAAUGCGCGGACGGGGAGGGCCCGCAGAACGCCAUCGACGGCAGGACCUCCACCAGGUGGCACACCUCAGUGCUGAGCCCCCUGGUGAUCAAGCUCCCGAAGCCGGCGCUGAUCGACAGCUUCAGCUUCCGCACAGCGCCCUCGGAGGAGCAGCUGGACCCCGUGGAGUGGCGACUGGAGGCCUCCAACGACCAAUCCACCUGGAAGGUGCUUCAUGGCCAGGAGACCAGCUACCACCCCCCCAAGCGGCGCUGCGGUCAGGCUUCCUGGUUCGAGACUUCGAACCGGAACACGGGCACGGGGAAGAGCAAGCUGGUGCCGUGGACCUCCGGCGCCAAGGUGCAGGCUGGGGCCUGGCACGCGCUCACGCUGAGUGUGGAUUUGCCCAACUCCAAAGUCACUGUGUGGCUGGACGGGGAGGUGGCGCUGGAGAUCUGCGACCCCAGCAGCCCGCUGCUGCGCUGCGACGGGCCGCUGAGUUUGGACCCGGCAGAGGGGCUGUGCCUUUUCGGGCGCAAGCCCUUCCUGAAGAAGGAGUGGAGCUGGAUGCUGGGAGCGCAGAUCAAAAACCUCCAGCUGCAGACCCUGGUGCCCAGCCUCUUCAACGUUUGGGCGCUGCAGAUGCCGCUGGGCGUGUGGAUCUGCCGAGAGGGCUCUUGCAAGACCACGGGCCUCUUCACCCGCAACGCCGCCAGCAGCUCUCAGUGCUGGCGCUGCAAGUGCGGCCGCAUCCGGUCGGCCUUCCGACCGCCCAACGACACGGACCCCCGGCAUCCGGGCAUCAAGAUCAUCACCACGGACUCGUUGGAAGAGAUCCUGGAGAAGGACAAGUGCGUCUUCAUCGCGCUCUCGGCGGACUGGUGCGGGGCCUGCCAGCAGAUGAAGCCGGCCUGGUUCGCCCUGGCCAAACUCCUGCAGACUUCCUCGGCGGUCACCGUGGCGGUGAUGAACAUCGACGAGAACGACGUGGACCGGCGCUACUUCCCCGAGCGCCACAUCCCGGUGGUGAAAUUGCUGGUGAAGAAGGUCUCCGAGGAUGGCAUGGACGAGAAGCCCACGGUCCUCCCUUACGAGGGUGGCCACAGUAUCGCCAGCUGGCUGAGCUUUUUGAUGCAGCACACCAGCCUCAACCUGCAGGAGGUCCUGGAUUCCAACUACGACUCCUACGUCAAGGAGUUCAACAUCGAGAGCCUGCUCAAGGCCUUGACGGCUGCAGCCCGCACCGCCUUGAAGGAGGGUUGGGGCGCAGACAGCGCGGUGGGGGGCGGCAAUGCCGGCGGAUGGCGAAGGCUUUGCGCCUUCCUCUGCAACUACUGCUGGGAUCCCGACCAGUACAGCCAACUCCCUGCCGCGCCCGAAACGGGCGAAGACGAGCUCUGGAUCCGUCUUCUGCUGAAGCGCGUGAACGAGGAGGCGGAGAAGGCUUUGCGCGGGGGGCACCCGCGACAGCCGUUGGCUUUCCUGCUGGAGCAGGUCUUCCUCCCGGGCUCGAAGCCGGACGAUCUGCAGACCAUCCGCGCCGGAAUGCUGGCGGAGAACGUGGUGCAGCGGGGCGACUCAGGGGAGAGCAAGGACCGCGCGGCGGCCCAGCAAUGGUCCGCCGUGGAGCAGCAGAAGGCGGCGGCCAGGGCAGAGCCCAUGGCGCGGCCGAUGCUGCAGAGGAGUUGGGCCAAGAUCAAGCAGGCCAUCGACUCCAGGUCGCCGAAGCGGAUGCAGACGCUGCAGGAGCUGCUGACGAGGGGCCUGGAUUUGGACUUCGAGGACUUGGGCCACGAGCAGCCGAGCGUGAUGUGGUUGGCGGCCGCCAACAACGACCUCGAGGUGCUGCAGUUCUGCCUGGCCUACGGCGCCAACCCCCACCGCGCCACCGAGGGCGUCUUGCCCACCGAGGCGGCGGCCGCCACCGGGUCCCUGCAGGCUUUGGCCAUGCUGCUGCGGGUGGGCGCGGUGUGCGGCCGCGCGCUGCACUUCGCGGCGGCGACCUCGCAGCUGGGGGCUUUGAAGGUACUGGUCAACGCCAAGGCGGACGUGUGUCUCCGGGUCAGAGGCCUGUCCCCUUUGGCGGUGGCGGCCAGCCGCGACAACGACGAGGUCGUGAGGUUUUUGCUCGCCAACUGGCAGCAGGAGCCCCUCCUGGGGUCCGAGGCCUGUGAAGCCCUGGGCCUCAACCCAGGUAGCAACGUGCUGUACCUGGCGGCGCACUGUGGCUUGGACCGGAUCUGCGAUCUGAUGCUGCAGCGGGGGGUGAAGCCCAACACGGAGGUCCCCAAGACGGUGGGGAAUCAGCUGGUCCAGGAGCACGUCCGCGCUGUUUUGGAGCCCCACCGCUGGAUGCUGCUGCGGCGCAUGUGCCCGGAAGACAAGCCCGAGGCGACGGCUGCAGCGGUCUUCAAGCAAGCCAGUGAGGAGUUUGCCGGCGACAGGCCCGAGGACUUGGUGAAGCGGGGCGCGGUCUUCGCGGGCGUGGGCCCAUUGCGCCCGGCGACCAUGGCCUCCUUGCUGGAUGACCCAGAAGCUGUGAAGCAGCUGGCGGAGGUGGACACCAGCGGCGACCCGCUGCCGGGGCCGAUGCCGUCGGCGCUGAUGUGGGCGCAGUGGGCGCAGGCGCAGCAGGCAUCGCGGGUGAUGCUGGAUGCAGGCGUGACUCUGAGCAACGCGGAUCUGGAGGGCCUCAGGCGCCUGGGCCGCGCGCGGCGCAGCUGCGAGGCCACCUUGGCCGCGGGAAAGCUGCUGGAGAACAAGGACUGGAAGCUGCUGCCCAAGGCCAUCCAGCCCCUGGCCUCGGCCACGCCCAUGUCAAGGCUGCAGGAGUUGCGGGAGAAGAUGCUGCUGGGCAUCCGCGAUGUGUCCCAGGUGGCGGUGGACGAGGUGGCGCCGCCGGUGCUGCUGCAGAUGCCCUCGCAGCCUCCGCAGCUGAACCGCGUGACCUCCACCCAGGUGGAGCAGGAAGAGGCCUCUGCCAAAGAGGAGGUGGCCGCAUCAACUCUUCUAGACAUGCUGGGCCCUGUCCGGACCAGCCUCAUGCGGUUCCUGGUGCAGCGAGAGAUCGCGCGUGGCGAGGGCAAGUCGGGCUUGUCGCCGAACUACCUCUUGGCCCUGCACGCCACCACCACCUUCGUGGACAUCCACGCGGAGUGCCAGCGGUUUUUGGUUCUGCUGAAGGCGGCGCUGGGCACCUUGCCCUCGGCGCGGGGGCCGUGCUACCGGGCGGUGAGCCGCGAGAAUAAGGCGGUGGCCCUGAAGCAGUACUCCCCAGGCUCCAUCAUCCGCUGGCCCGCCGGGGCCUGCGGCACUUUGGACUUCGGCGCCGCGAUGAGCGCGCUGAGUCUGGCCGGGGACGGGCCCGGGGUCAUCUUCAAGGUUCGGCGCUUGCUCUCUGCAAAGGAGGUGGACGAGAGCAACCGCCAGGUCCUCUUCAUGGGCGGCGCCAUGCGCGUGGUGGGCCUGUUCCCUCUGAGCGGGCCCCUGCUGGCUGCCGAGAGGGAGCUGGCACAGAAGCCCGCGUCAGAGAGGCUCGGGUCCUGGUGCCCCAGCCUGGACAUGGUGCGGCGCCCAGAGACCGCGCAGCCCGCGGAGAUGGAGACGCAGCCAUUGGUCAUGGUGCUGUUGGAUGAGGAAGAGGAAAACUGAGUGAUAUAUCCGGAAGAUCGAAAUUAUCGCCAAUCUGCUGAGAGGCCCUGGGUCGAGCUGUCUGAUGUUGUCUCAAAACUCCA